AACCAAAUAUGUGUAUUUUAUAUUUCUUAUUAAAGCCCAUGAAACUUGAUCAUAAGCGCUGAGGCAUUUCGUAGUUGCACAAUUACAUAUCAGGCAAGUCAGAUCUAUCUAUCUAUCUAUCUAUCUAUCUAUCUAUCUAUCUAUCUAUCUAUCUAUCUAUCUAUCUAUCUAUCUAUCUAUCUAUCUAUCUAUCUAUCUAUCUAUCUAUCUAUCUAUCUAUCUAUCUAUCAUCUAUCUAUCUAUCUAUCUAUCUAUCUUGUAACCAUAGGUUGUCAGUCACAAGGGGACAACUGUUUGGUUUUGGCCCUCUGACGUCAUAUCCAUUCCCACAAUGCCAUAGUAACACGACUGCGCACUCGCGCUCGUGGACGCGCACCAGCAGAGACAGCCCAUCACACACAGAGAGCGAACAUGGCGGGCGCCUCCGACCCCCUGGAAGACAUGCUCUUCUCCGAGGUGGACGAGAAAGCCGUGAGUGAUCUGGUGGGCUCGCUGGAGUCUCAGCUGGGGGGCCAGAGCGAGCCGCCCGCCGCGCGCAAGAGCAGCGCGAGACAGCAGCAGCUGCAGCAGCAGACAGGAGGAACAGCUCCUGCAGACUCUCCAUCAGAACCACAACAACAAGCGCAGCAGCAGCAGAACGCGCGGAGAGCAGCGCGCAACCCGGAUUCUGACCCGAAAGACGCCAGCAUGGAUAAGCACUCCAAAGCCUUGGAGAAAGAGAGCCCUCUGAAGUCGCACGGCAGCAUCAUCAUCAUCACUACAGCAGCAGCAGCAGCAGCAUCCGACGCUCCUGCACCGGGCAACAAAGGUGAGAGCCCGAGGGACACCCGCAAGAAGCAUCCAGGGAAUACGCGCGCGCUGCGCUCCGCAGCAUCCCACAGUCUCAACGGCAAUGGAGGCGACGCAGCAUCAGCACCAGCAUCAGCAUCCUCACCCAGCACCACUGUCACCGUGUCCAGUAACCCGCAGGCGAUCGCGCUGGACCGCGGGACGCCCACCAUCGCGCUGCACCGACUCCCGCGUCACAUUAUCGCCAGCAUCGCGCAGAAUGGAAACGGCACGUCGGUGUCCGCGUUGGUCCAGCAGGGCGCGCGGAUCAACCACAGCAAAACACCCGCUGACAACAACGCGAUGCCAGCGGUGACCUCGGCCUCAGCAGCGCCUGUCAAACCCGCUGUUAGUGUCAGCGCGCCCGCGGUCAUCAGACCUGCGCAGACGCAGACGCAGACGCAUGCGCAUGCGCAGCAGAGGGCUGUAACGCCGCAGCUGAUUAUCAGACCACCGCAACAGCAAACUACUAUACAGCUGCCGCCCGGAUUCACCAUCCCACCAGGGAUGGUGCUGGUCCGGACGGAGAUGGGUCAGCUGGUGAUGGUUCCUCAGCAGGCUCUGGCUCAAGCUCAGGCCCAGAACAGCAUCUCACCGCGGCCCUCCACACCCACCAGUGUGGCCACGUUCAGGGUCACGACCCCACAGAAGGGCCCCGUGGCAGCCGCUGUGGCAGUGACAGCUCCCCAGCAGGUCCAGCCGGCCUCGGGCCCCCAGGGGCCCCUCACUCAGAUGCCACUGGCCCCACAGAGCGCAGCCGCCCCGGCCCCUGGAGCUCCGCUCGUCUCUCAGGAGAUGCAGGACAAUGUGAAGAAGUGCAAGAACUUCUUGGCCACGUUGAUCAAGUUGGCGUCCCAUAAUUCCCCGUCCCCAGAGACGUCUCGAAACGUGAAAGCGCUGGUGCAGGAUUUACUGGAUGCGAAGAUCGAUCCGGAGGAGUUCACCAGCCGCUUACAGUCGGAGCUGAAGUCUUCUCCGCAGCCGUACCUCGUCCCUUUCCUGAAGAAAAGUCUCCCUGCGUUGCGUCUGUCUCUCCUGAACAGCCAGCAAUCGCUCACAGUCCCUCUGCAGCCCAACAAAACCAGCGUGACGCCGGUCCAGACGGGUGUCAGUGUGCGUCCACACCAGCCCAACAGCACCACUGUACUUCCACAAGGUAUCAAGAGGGCAGUGGGUGCUGGAGGUCAGAUACGGAUGCCUGUGGUCAUAACGCAGACGGUGCGAACGACAGGUGCUUUAGGGAAGCCUGCGGCGAUCCAGACGGGCAAAAGCCCUGCAGGCGUCACAAUACAGCUCUCAGGAAACCAGAAGAACAAGCUGAAUGACCCGGGGGGAGGCUCCUUCAGAGACGAUGAUGACAUCAACGACGUUGCAUCUAUGGCUGGUGUGAACCUCAACGAGGAAAGCGCACGCAUUCUAGCGACCAACUCGGAUCUGGUGGGAACGCAGAUCCGCUCCUGUAAAGACGAGGCCUUCCUGUCUACAGGUCUGUUACACCGGCGUAUACUGGAAACAGCGAAGAGGUUUGGCGUGACGGACGUACCGCUGGAGACUGUGAACUUCAUCUCUCACGCCACCCAGUCCAGAUUACGCACGGUGCUGGAGAAGGUUUCCUCCAUCGCCCAGCACCGAAUGGACUCGUGUAAGGAAGACGAGUGGCUCGAGCAGGCGUCUGAUGUGCGCUCGCAGCUCAAGUUUUUCGAGCAGUUGGAGCGGAUGGAGAAGCAGAGGAAAGAUGAACGAGAACGAGAGAUUCUCCUCAGAGCGGCGAAGAGUCGCUCGCGGCAAGAAGAUCCAGAACAAGCCCGUCUGAAGCAGAAAGCAAAGGAGAUGCAGCAGCAGGAACUCGCCCAAAUGAGACAACGAGACGCCAACCUGACGGCACUCGCCGCCAUUGGUCCUCGGAAAAAACGCAAAGUGGACUCGCCAGGAGCAACAACGACUGAGGUGUCGGGGAGUUCGGCAGGUUCUCCGAGCGGAUCGUUGACCCCGUCCAGCUCGUCGAGGCAGUAUAACCGCCAGAGAAUAACACGCGUCAGCCUCAGGGACUUCAUCUUCUACAUGGAGCAGGAGAGAAACACCAGCAGAUCUCUCUUACUGUACCGUGCUCUCCUGAAGUAGCCAACUCUCCACACUACAGAGGAAUCAGCAGCCAAACCACACAACGACAGACUUCCUUCUCAGCCCUGCGACGUGCCUUCAGCCCCGUUCACCGCCUCUGUGUCUGUGACCUCGUGAUGCUUUUGAUAGAAAAGUUUUGAGCUUUGUUUCCUGUUUUCCCCUUAAGGUUAUUAGGAAAACUGUAUUUACGAUAGUGGAUUUUAAUGGUUGUUUUCCGGAGCGUUUUUCAAUUGUUUCUUUGUUUGUGAAUGAAUCUGACUCUGCAGAUAUCACUUUCGUCAUCAGUAUUUUUAUUUGUUUUCCAGUAAAAACAAUAUAAGAUGAAUUUACACACA